UAACACAUGGGCUCAUGUAUUAUUGCUUAAAUAUACCAUGGCUGUUAGCCAAUCAGCUUUCAGGGCUCAAACCACCCAGUUAUUAAUACAAAAUAUACUACAGAAUAAUGACAUGUUUGUAGGUACCGUUGACAACAGAGUACACAGUUGUGUUUCCUUAGUCCCUGCUUUGCGUGAUGGCCGUUGAAGUUGAACAAGGACAUCAGGCCGUUGGUAAAGAGCCUAAAAGUCAAGCACACAUAGGAUGUUCUUUGUGAAUUGAACACUUUCAAACUGCUGAGGAGAUAAGGCUCUUGGAUUUACUGUCUUUGUUGCAGGCAGUUUGCAUCACUAACGAUACCUUUAAAAUUACUUUCUUAUUGGAUCCAUUCUAAAGAUAUGACAUACCUGUCCAUGACCUUGUUGGCACAGUCCUUUGUGUCCUUACCACCAAUUUUGCUUAACCUUCCAAUCUGUGUCAAGAGACUGUUUGAAACCCUGGAAGUUAUGCAGUAACCGCUGUCUCAGUAGGACUAAUUAAAAAAUAAAAAUAAAUAUAUGUGUAUGUGUGUGUGUGUGUAAGAUACGCAGUGAGAGCUAUUGUGAAUAAACCACUGCAGUUAUGAAAUUUGUAAAAGAAUGUCCAUGUUUCAAGUGUGUGCCGACGGAAUCUUUUUGGUAUUUAUUAGGAUCCACAUUAGCCGCUGCAAAAGUAUCAGAAUUGUUCACUUCUCUCAUUGACUUCUCAAACCCCGUCUUGGUCGGCUUCACAGGCGUUCUCUGAAGUCUCGCGUUGUUACGUCUCUGGGUUUAGAAACUGGUAGUGAGGAGAAGGCAGUUCCGCGCAGGAGCGCAUUAUUCUUCAGAAUAAAGGAUACGCCAGAAUUGUGCAGUCGAGACGACAAUUUCUGUGUUGGUUUCAAGUGUAUUACUACUGGUAUGUAAUAGCACGUUCUAAUAUCGAAAGAACAUGUCAUAACAUGCUAGGUAACAUACGUCAAGGUAUUAUGACGUUUUGAUAAAGGUUGUAUGUGCUAUUUUUGUGUCAAACCGUAUGAGUGAAGCUGAUACCUUUUUUUACAAGUCACAUAGAGACUUUGUGUUAGUCUGAGUGGAUGUAUAUCAUUUCGUCAAGAUUAAGUCUGAGGCCGGUAACAUCAACAGUGAGGACAAACCCAGCCUGCCUCUCCUUCCACACUGAGUCCAAACUUACAGUCACUGUGUCCUGAUUGUGACAGUGGAGCCCAGUUUGCACUGCAGGAUCCAGAGAUGGCAUCAGUGAAGCUGGAAGACUGCAGUCAAACACUGGAGCUGAAUGUUAACAUUAAAGAUGAAGAAGAGGAGGAGGAGAUUGGGGAAUCUGUUUCUCAUGGUAUGAGGCCGGUAACAUCAACAGUGAGGACAAACCCAGCCUUCCUCUCUCCUUCCACACUGAGUCCAAACCUACAGUCACUGGGUCCUGAUUGUGACAGUGGAGCCCAGUUUGCACUGCAGGAUCCAGAGAUGGCAUCAGUGAAGCUGGAAGACUGCAGUCAAACACUGGAGCUGAAUGUCAACAUUAAAGAUGAAGAAGAGGAGGAGAAGAUUGGGAAAUCUGUUAAUCAUGGACGACUAGAAGUAAGUCUGAGGCCGGUAACGUCAAUAGUGAGGACAAACCCAGCCUGCCUCUCUCAUUCCACACUGAGUCCAAACCUACAUUCACUGGGUCCUGAUUGUGACAGUGGAGCCCAGUUUGCACUGCAGGAUCCAGAGAUGGCAUCAGUGAAGCUGGAAGACUGCAGUCAAACACUGGAGCUGAAUGUCAACAUUAAAGAUGAAGAAGAGGAGGAGAAGAUUGGGAAAUCUGUUUCUCAUGGAGACCGUGUUGAGACAUUCUCUACAUCCAGAGAGCAACAGCAGGAAGAUCACAGAGCUAAGCGGUCUCACCCCUGCCCACAUUGUGAGGAGAUUUUCCCAAUUCUAUCAAAACUAGAAAUACACCUAAAAAUACACAAAGGAGAGAAUCGGUAUUCCUAUACUGACGGUGGGAAGAAUUUCACAUCAUCAAAGGCUCUGACAGUUAAUCAUAGAGUGCAGACAAGAGAGAAGACUUACUCCUGCUCUGACUGUGUAAAAUGCUUCACAACAUCAACUUGGCUAAAAGUUCAUCAGAGAACACACACAGGAGAGAAGCCUUACUCCUGCUCUGAUUGUACAAAAUGCUUCACAACAUCAGCUAAACUAAAAGUUCAUCAGAGAACACACACAGGAGAGAAGCCUUACUUCUGCUCUGCCUGUACGGCGAGUUUCUCUCUAAUGUGCAACUUAAAACGACAUGAACGUAUACACACAGAGAAGCUUUACUCCUGCUCUGACUGUGCGGCAAGUUUCUCUCUACUGUGCAAAUUAAAACGACAUGAAAGUAUACACACAGGAGAGAAGCCUUACUCCUGCUCUGACUGUGGAAAGAGUUUCUCUCGACUGGGCCACCUAAAAACACAUGAACAAAAACAUACAGGAGAGAAGCCUUACUCCUGCUCUGACUGUGGAAAGAGUUUCUCUAUACUGGGCCACUUAAAAAUUCACCAACAAAUACAUACUGGAGAGAAGCCUUACUCCUGCUCUGACUGUGGAAAGAGUUUCUCUCGACUAGGCCUCUUAAAAACACACCAACAAAAACAUACAGGAGAGAAGCCUUACUCCUGCUCUGACUGUGUAAAAUGCUUCACAACAUCAACUGAGCUAAAACUUCAUCAAAGAACACACACAGGAGAGAGGCCGUACUCUUGCUCUAACUGUGUAAAAUGCUUCCCAACAUCAUCUAGGCUAAAAGUUCAUCAGAGAACACACACAGGAGAGAAGCCUUACAUCUGCUCUGACUGUGCGGCGAGUUUCUCUCUACUGUGCAACUUAAAACGUCAUGAAAGUAUACACACAGGAGAGAAGCCUUACUCCUGCUCUGACUGUGCGGCGAGUUUCUCUCUACUGUGCAACUUAAAACGACAUGAACGUAUACACACAGGAGAGAAGCCUUAUCACUGCACUGACUGUGAGAAGAGAUUCUACAGAUUGAGCCAUUUAAAAAGACACCAAUGUAUACAUAAAGGAGAGAAACCUCAUCAGUUCUCUCAGACCAGCUAAGAUUAGACAAUCCACUUAAUUCCCAUCUCAUAAAGUAAUUGGCAACGUUGAAUUGGAUCAAAUGAAGAAAGCGUAGCACACUCAAUUGUAAUCCUAUAGUUUCUCACUAUGAGAGAACUUUACAGAGAGGAAAGGGAGCGUUAUAGAAUGUUUGCCUCCCUUUACUUUACUGAUUAGUGUGUACCUUGUCAGUUUUGGUGAGUUUUGUUAGUUUCUAUUGUAAAGAUAUUAAGAUUAAUUUAGGGUUGAAUAUCCUCUGUGAGAUGUCUCACAAUGGAGUCUGAUGGUUGACUGGGUAUUACUGCUUCCUUCUGCAGUUUUCUGUGGGAUUGAGCUGGUAGACACAACAUACAGUGGGGGAAAAAAGUAUUUAGUCAGCCACCAAUUGUGCAAGUUCUCCCACUUAAAAAGAUGAGAGAGGCCUGUAA